AUGAGUUCAAAGACUAAUGAGAAAGACCAGAUUCCAGAGUUUCUUUACGAUCAGUUUCCGUCAGAAAUCAACUCAUAUUCACUGAAUUCAACUGAUGAUUCACCGUACGCAUCUAUAACACCAGCUCAUCUUGAUCCUCACCAGGCCACUAUGGGAUAUAUUCACCAACACACAACGGAAAAGCAUAGUACUAAGGCAAGAGCACGACGGACUUCAGCAGGAAACAAACACGUUGAAAAAUGGAAUAGUGGCAGGAAAUUUGGUCAUGCAUCGAACCAUAAAGUUGAAGAGGAGUCAUCUAUUUCGACUGCAGAUACUCAAAAAUUGAAUGUUCAUACUCCAACUUCGAAAGCCAGCCGAGAUUCCACCAAUAAUACCUCUCCGAUAUAUACAGAAGUUAGCAGUAAGUUUACUUCUUUAAUGAACUCAACGGACACUUCAGGCAGCUCAAUGUUCGAGUCUGCCGACGAAACAAGUACAGAUAGGCAUUCUCAUGAAUUCAGUUCUGCUCAUGAAACAAUAGGGCCGGAAUUUAUUCCAUCGACUCUUGAUCCAGGAAUAGGUAAACUGCACAAUUCAGGUGAGUCUGAAGAUAUUAAUCGGAAAACGGUGAAUUCAAAGUCAUCGAUAGAUACAUCACCGAUGUCAAAAAGAAGUAACUACCGUGAUAGUGUCAGCAUCAAUAUACCCGAUCGGUGGUCUCUGUCUCUUCAUUCUAUGCCUACAGCCAGCUCGUCCUCUGAUUCCUAUAGUGAUGAGGAUGAGCCAAUUUCAGCAUCAAUACCGGCGGAUGAUAACCUUCAUUCAUCGAAAACGCUUACAAGGGGUGUCCAAACUUUAUCUCAACAUGAACGUGAGAAUUCUGUCACACUGGAUACACCUGAAAACUGUACUAUGGAGGUUGUUGUGAAAUGGUUGCGACUUCACAAAUUCAACGAGACUUGGGUGCAAACAUUCUCUCGGUACCAUUUAGAAAAGGACCGCUUUUAUAACUUGCAAUCAUAUGAGAACCUUCGAAUGUAUUUGCAAGGGCUUGACACUAGUGAUACAUUUUCCACACCAGCAAGAUUUCUUCAGCUUUUGAGGAAGGAGAUAGCACACCAAAUUAUAUACAGACCACCUCCAUCAAUCACAGUUGUUACAUCAACAGGUGAGGCUACUUCCCCAAUAUCAAUGGUAUCUUCAAUAGUCCAAUCGCCAACAUCUAUGCUUUCCAGCGACAGCAAGCUGUCUAAUUUCACUGCAUCAUCAACCGAGUCGUGCGGAUCCUCCACUAUUGGAGUUCAUAAUAAAACUGGUACUUCAAUUAAUGUGGCUCGCUCUGCCUCACAAUUAGGGAAAUCGAAACUGCCAAAGGUGGAGGAAUCUCGAAGAAAGUCGGACUCGUCUGCCAAUUCGUCUUUGAACAACAAGUACAAGCUAUCACCGAAGUCCUUAACAUCCACUGGGUCGAAAUUCUCAUCUCAUAUUACUCCAUCUGAUAACAACAUUUUGACAUCCUCGAAUACUCUUGCUUCUCCUCAUGGAAAUCUUGGAGAGCGGCUAGUUCCAGUUGCAUCUGCUCCAAUUCCUCAGCUUCGCAAGCUAAAAGAUGCAGAAAUUUCAUAUUCUACGAGAGUAAAUCGUCAGUCGAUUCCAAAGUUGACAACUGGCUCUCAAAAUGAAGUAAAGUCCGAAAGACCCAUGACUGCUUCUGGUUCACUUUCUCAUUCACCAUCUCUUGUCAGAAGGUUUACCAGAAGGCAUAAACGGUCCAGUUCUGCUACCACAUCCAUGUUUAGCGGCACGGAAAUGUCAGCUAGUGUGAAUACUGAUUCGGUGAAUGUCAGAUCUGAUUCUGCAGAGAAUAGAAGUCCGACUUCUGCUCAGGGCCCUCUUCAUUCUAGAAGCAAGUCUAAAGGUUCAAUAUCCGAUGCUAGUACUCCAAAGGGACUUUUCAACAAGUUUUUUGGCAAAAGCAAGCCUAGUAGCACAGUUGCAAUUUCUGAAGAAUCACCAGUUAGUCCAGUAUCCUUGGUCUCUAUGUUUUCCCCUUCGGAAUACAAGAAAUCAAGGAGAACUUCGUUUGAAGGGGAGAGAAAAAGACUUAGUAUGUUUCUGGGAGACUACACCUUUAAUGAAAAGAAAAAGAAGUCCACAGACGAUUUUCUAUCAGGCCGUAGAAACACAACAAAGGGAAAGAAGUCUGUUCCCGCGUUUGAGAAGAUUGGGCCCGUGGGAAAAAAGCCAUCACCAGCAGGCGUAACAAUUCCAGUUAUCACUACUUCAAAGCUUCACUAUAACCAAAAUCAUGUGUCAUUAUCUGCUACAAAUAUAAGGAAGGCCAAGGAGAUUGCUGCUUCGACCAGAAAACUAGCUCAAUCGGGCAAAAGUGAGGCCCCGUACUUUUUUGUGGAUGAUAAAUUCAGGCCUUCCAGGGAAGCUGAGGAAUCCAAGUUGUACAUUUUAAUUACUGCAGAUAACGUGUCAUUCAAAGCCGUUGCCGUGGACUCAAUAAAAACUGUUGAUGAGAUGAAGGAUAAGUUUACUAGUGAGCUAGGAUUCACUGAUGGUGAGCUUUCAAGGUUUUAUCUCACCGAUUUCGGUUGCAAACGAGGUGAAGCACUUGAGGAAGCAGAACUUCAGAAACUGCUUGAUUCCAGAUUUUUUGGCGGCGUGUGUAAGUUAUACGUGCAGCCACUAACCAAGCUGAAACCGAUGACCAGCAAGGAUGGAAUUGGGCUGUUAGAAUUAUCUACGACUCAACAGAUUUCGCUGAAGGGAAAUUCAGAAACUGAUUCUGAUGGUGCAACCCUAGCUGAGGAUAAUAAGCAGCAGCAGAGGUCUGUACAUCCGGCAUACGUAGAUGAGGCCAGCGAAGAGAUACUGUUACCAAAUCAAGCGCACUUCACUAAAAACGAGAAUACUUCGCGGAGAUCAAUAUCAGAAGGUGCCGUCUAUGAUACAACAAGACAGGGAUCACUAAGAAGACAGAAAUCGGUCAUGUCUCAGCGGAAAAUGUCCUUUAGAGGUACAUCGACAGCCUUUCCUGGUAGUCUUGCCACGAGCUACUCAGAUCAUCUUGCCAGGACAACUUCAUUGAGAAGAGCACCUUCUGGCAGCAUAUCACGGUCGAAGCUCAAGAAAAGAAGUCCUUCAAUCACCCGAGCAAAGUCUAUUGCCAGGACCUCUGGUGAUUACAGUUCAAGUGAAGAUCGAGAAAAUGGAAGAAUGAGGUCUUUUCGAGUGAUCAGAUCUGAACGGAAAGAGGUUGACUUUGAUCAACGAAGAAAGACACCUUUUGUUACUCCAUCAACUGACAUGUCUUCUUCCAGAAGGCUUUCAAUGUCCGGAGCAGCUGCAAAUUUGGUUGCACUAAGAAGUGCACCACCUCCUCCAGAUGACACCCAAGCCUCAGGCUCAAAGUCUUUGAAAUCUGUUUCUAAAGUCAACAGAAAACCACCUCCAGCGUUCCCACCUGAGACACUGGAACUUAUGGAAAGACGAAGCUCUUUAAGAAAGUUGAUAAGUCUAUCCAGGAAGUCAACAAUUAGGAGAAAGAACACAACCGCUUCUGUUCGAAGCCGGUUCGAUCCAUUCGCAGAAAACGAAGUGAACUUCGCCGAUGCUCCAGAGCUGGACUCUAGCAGUACAUCAAGCGAGUCAUCUUCUGGUUCAGACAGUGAUCUUUUUGCAAAAGUUCCAACGAAACCGUUGGCCAAUGCAAAUUCCGCAGAAGAAGAGGAAGAUUCAAGCGAUCAUGAUGAUGAUGUAUCAACCAUCGAUAGUAAUACAAAGCAUGAAUUGGAUUCUAAGGAUGUUAAGGCCGUUUCCUUUUCAUCGGAUGCAAUUGAGAAACCUUCCGGAAAUUCUGGUCAAGCUACCGGUCCAAUAUCUGAUGCUGUUGAGAAUAAAAGCUUUGGCAUGAACUCCACGAGUACUUCGAACACAUCGAGAUCCAAGACCGAUUCUUCAGAACUGUCCUUUACUCUUUCCUCAUCGGAUUCAUCGUUAGAUAUUAGACCCCCUGCUGAGGUUGUCUAUGACAACUUGGAGUUAUACUUUCCGAAUGCGGAUCUUGACAAAAUGAUUAUCGACGAAGUUGUUUCCCCACCUGUUUCGCCAAUAGUGGAACAUCCAGAUGUUAAGAAUAAUGUAAUGAAGGAACACCGCAAGAGAAAGCCACUUAGAAGUAAACCUACUACUCCAAAAGUUCACAGAACUGUUAAUAAAAGCAAUUCUUUGGGUGGGGGACAAUUCCAUAGGAUGAAGAGUAUUCGUAUAGUUGCCCAGGAAGCUAAGAGAAAGGCUGUAAUGAGACAGAGCUCUGCAAGACGUGGCGGAAAUCUGUUGAGAAGAAAAAGCACUAAGAUGUGGGGUCAAAAGGUGAUAGAGGUGACUCCUGGGACCUCUUCAGAGGUGUAUGUGAACAAACUACGCGAUAAGAAGGGGAGAUUUAAACAAUUUGCCUGGGUUAAGGGUGAACUUAUUGGUGUGGGUACAUUUGGAAAGGUGUAUCUUGCAAUGAAUGUCACUACAGGUGAGAUGAUAGCCGUCAAGCAGACAACAAUUUCAUCGAGAUUCCUUGAUAACAGAGAGAUGAAGGAGCUGGUGAAAAGUUUCAAGGCCGAGGUGGAGACACUGAAGGAUUUGGAUCAUGAGAACAUUGUCCAGUAUUUGGGAUUUGGUAUGAAGGAUAAUACGUACAGCAUAUUUUUAGAGUACGUGUCUGGUGGGUCUGUGGGUCACUUGAUUCGGAGCUAUGGACAAUUCCCUGAGGAUUUAAUUCGUUACUUAACUAAACAGGUGCUCCAAGGGUUGACAUACAUCCACUCCAGGGGAAUUUUGCACCGUGAUCUGAAGGCCGAUAAUCUUCUUUUAGAGAAUGAUGGUGUUUGCAAGAUAUCUGAUUUCGGUAUCAGUAAGAAGUCCAAGGAUAUAUAUUCGAAUCAGUCGGCAAUGACUUUCCAAGGAACGAUUUUUUGGAUGGCACCUGAGAUUAUAGAUGCGAAAGCACACAAUGGUUACAGUGCCAAGGUUGAUAUAUGGUCUCUUGGGUGUGUUGUCUUGGAGAUGUAUGCAGGUAAAAGGCCAUGGCAUGAUUUUGCAGCAGCUGGUGCAAUAUUUCGAUUGGGAAAGAAAUCUGCUCCUCCUAUUUCAAAAGAGACAAAGAAAAGAAUCAGUCCAUGUGGUAUGAAGUUCCUUGAAAGGUGUUUUGAAAUUGAUCCAGAGAAACGUCCAACUGCUGCGGAUCUACUGAAGGAUGAAUUCUGUCAGGUCCGUUCUGAGUUCAAAUUUGAGAACACGGAGUUGGCCAAAAAGAUGAGAUAUGACAACGCACAGGAGAGAAGAAGAAUGCAGUUGCUGAAGACUAAGACCAGAAACUAA